CUCCUGAAUAAAAUAGAAGAACUGAACAUCAGUCCUCAUAUUCAUGGAAUCAUAGUGCAGAUGCCAUUAGAUGCUGAUACUGAAAUCAACUCUCACCUAAUCACAGACGCUGUUGCAACCGAAAAGGAUGUUGAUGGAGAAAUCACCGAACAACUGAAAUCCUCAGUUGCUGCAAUCAAACAAAAACUUCCAAAAUUUCAACCAGGAUUGGCGAUUGUUCAGGUGGGAGAAAGAGAAGAUUCAAAUGUUUACAUUCGGAUGAAAAUACAAGCCGCCCUCAAUAUCGGCAUAAAAACAGAGCAUGUAAAACUGCCCAGAUCUACAACAGAAAGAGAG